AUGGGCUCCAGCAACAAGAAAAAGCGUGAGAAGCAGAAGGACUUCCAAAAACCGAAGUUCAAGGUUGGAAAGGACAAGGCAAAAGCUUCCAACUUCACAGACACGAGUUUCAAGUCCAGAGCGAUUGUAAUGGGACAUCAAUCACUGUCAGCAGUUGCCCCCGAUGUCGUUCAACAAUUCAAGCACAAUCUAUCACUCGCAUCUUCUUCAAAAUCUGACAAACAAAGAAGGGAGGCAUUGGCGUAUCUCACUUCUCAACUCUCUUCAGAACCUCCUAUCAACCCUGUAGGAACACAUGCAGUGCUUGUUAAGUUGUUACCUUUAAUCUCAGAUAGCUCGACACCAGUCCGAAGUCAACUUCUCAAACUUUUUAGAGAGCUUCCUUCUGACGAGGUCAGGCACAGCGUAGAGCAAGCCAUCAUGUUCGUGCGGGCAGGCAUGACGCAUCUAUCAGCAGAUAUUAGCAACGACUCAUUGGGCAUGAUGGAAUGGCUUUUGGAUGUGGCAGAGAAUGACUUGGUUGUAUGCCCUGGUGGUUGGGUCAAGACCUUGAGCAGUUUUUGUGCCAUGAUGGGAUGGGCAUUGAAAAUUCCAAAAGCCGGAUGGUCCUCUGGCACAAAGUCUGGACUCAGCGCCAAGGGUGCUGCAACAUAUGCCCGCCAGAUCGCCACGCUAUCUCGGUUUCUGGAAGCCGGCCUUCGACCGGAAGCUGAGAUUCCCGAAGAUGAGUCAGAGAUAUGGGACAACUUGUACCGGAUACCCCAAGACUCGAAUGCUUUCGAAUAUCUCAACCUAUUCGGCAGUAGACGAGACGAAGAAGGGGAAAUGUACCCUAGCCGAGACGCGAGACAACGAGUUUUUGAGCGCAGGUUUUUAGAAGCAGUAUUGAAGGGUGCGGACCAAGCGAAGAAAGAAGGUGGUGCUACAGGCCGAGCGGCGGCUGGCCUCGACCAAGUGCUCCAGAAUGGAAUGGGUGAAUAUGAGAGUUCAACAGCAAUGGAUACCCAGGAUCUCCUGAGCCUUUGCUUUCGCCAGUGCGUCGUCUCUGUCUCCAUCUCGCAAAGGCCUUCUUGCCCUAUCAACCCGUCUAUUUUUGCCGACACUCACCUUUCAAUCUCGAACACGAUGUCGGACCCCUGGGGAACUGGCGACAUGUCCAAGGCGCUUCCUGCCACUCAGGAGGCUGAUGCUUCACCCAUCACUGAGCAGAACACCCAGGCUCAGAAUGGCGAUGCUCAGCCUGAGCCCCCUAAGGGCUAUGAUGCUUCGCGUGGUCGCUGGACUGAGCCCCAGGCAUUCGACUACACGGCUUUGGCCGCUGGUAAUGAUACCCAGGCUUGGGGCUGCAACGCCCGCGCCUACGCCUGGCAGGACGAGUAUGGUGAAGUUGGCCCCCCAUGCCCCGAACUUGAGCUCGAGCUUUUCGGCGACCCCAACACUCGUCACGAACGAACGGGGCUUGAUUUCUCUCGAAUUGACAGUAUUGAGGUCCAGCAAGAGGGACCAACCAAAAUCGACCCCAUUGAAAACUUCGACAAAGGUGGCAUUCAUCCCGCGAUGUUGGAGAACAUCAAGCUCUGCGGGUAUGACAACGCCACUCCAAUUCAGAAGUUCACCAUCCCAUCGAUCUUCACUGGCCAUGACGUUAUCGGAAUCGCUCAGACAGGAUCUGGCAAGACGGCCGCUUACCUGAUCCCCAUCCUGAGCAAGCUCAUGGGCAAGGCCAAGAAGUUGGCUGCCUUUCGCCCAAAUCCUCUCACCUACCGUCCUGGUGUUGACGAUGUGACCGCUGAACCACUCGUGUUGAUUGUUGUCCCUACUCGAGAGCUUGCUCUUCAGAUCUUCAACGAAGCACGAAAGCUCUGCUAUCGCACCAUGCUACGACCUGGUGUCGUUUAUGGUGGUGUGCCUAUCAGCGAGCAGGUUGCUUUGCUUAACAUGGGCUGCGACGUUCUUGUUGGAACCCCUGGACGUCUUGUCGAUUUCAUUCAGCGGCCCCGACACCUGACCCUCCGCCGUCUGCGCUAUAUCGUGAUUGACGAAGCAGAUGAACUGCUGAACGAUGAUUGGGCCGAAGAGCUUAAUCCCAUCCUUUCUGGUGGCGAGCAGGAUGAGGGAAACGUCAAGUUCAGUUUGUUUUCGGCUACCUUCCCAAAGGCCGCCCGUGACCUUGCCAAGAACUACCUUGCUGCCUCUCACGUCCGCUUCCGCGUUGGUCGUGCUGGAAGCACUACUGCCAACAUCAAGCAGAUUGUUCUGCAGGCGGAAUCUCAAGAGAAGCGAGAGCUCUUGGUCGGCUUGCUUGAGGAAAUGCACGGUAUCCGUACCAUCAUCUUCGUGAACAGCCGUCAGUCCGCCGACAACCUCGAUGAUUUCCUUUUCAACAUGCAUUUGCCGGUCACCUCCAUGCACAGCGACCGUACUCAACAAGAGCGCGAAGCCGCUAUGCGUUCCUUCCGAUCGGGUAACGCACCUAUCCUCAUUGCUACUGGAGUCACUGCGCGUGGCAUCGACGUCCAGAACGUCAUGCAUGUCAUCAACUAUGACCUGCCUUCUCUUGAGUAUGGCGGUAUCGAGGAAUACACUCACCGCAUCGGUCGAACUGGUCGUAUCGGGCAUCGAGGCGUAGCCACGUCCUUCUUUUCCGAGCGAGAUGAACCCCUUGGCAGCGUUCUCACUCGCACCUUGCUGGAGACUGACCAGGAAAUUCCCGAUUUCUUGCAGCAGUACGUCCCUGAAGGUGAAGCCCGCGCCAACCUCAAGUUCGAGGCUGAUUCGGACUUCGAUCCGAACGACUAUGCUGGUGCUGGCGAUGCUGGCGGCGACGCCUGGGGAGGCGGUGAUGGUGAUGGCGCUGAUCCUGGUGCUGGUGCGAGCGACGCCUGGGGGGGUGGUGGCGACAGCGGCAAUGCUAGUGGUGAUGCUUGGGGACCCCCUGACGACAAACCUCAGGCUGGUGGCUGGAACGACUCUGCUACUCCUGCCCCCAUUGUCGUCGAUGCUUGGUAA